UGACGUCAUCGCACGGCGCCGCGGGCAGCACCUGGCGGACCCUGAGCGGCCCCGCAGCGCCCCCGCCAUGAGCAGCAGCGCGGCCGCCCCCGGGCCGGAGGGCAGAGCGCGGAAGGCGCUGAGGAAGGUGUUCGGCUUUGAGGCCUUCAAGACUUCCCUGCAGGAGAGCGCGACCAUGGCGGUGGUGAGAGGCGAGAAGGAUGUCUUUGUAUGCAUGCCCACAGGGGCAGGGAAAUCCCUGUGCUACCAGCUUCCUGCAGUUCUGGCAGUGGGCAUCACCAUUGUCAUUUCACCUCUGAUUGCACUGAUUCAGGACCAAGUGGAUCACUUGCUGGCUCUGAAGAUCAAAGCCUGCUCUUUCAACUCCAAGCUUUCAGCCCAGGAAAAGAAGGCCAUCCUGGCUGACCUAGCAAGUGAGAAGCCCCAAGUAAAGCUCCUGUACAUCACCCCGGAGAUGGCAGCUUCCUCUUCCUUCCAGCCUACGCUGAACUCCCUGCUGUCUCGAAAUCUCCUGUCCUACCUAGUAAUUGAUGAAGCGCACUGUGUCUCCCAGUGGGGACACGAUUUCCGACCUGACUACCUGCGGCUGGGCACCUUGCGCGCUCGCAUUCCCAAUACGCCGUGUGUUGCCUUGACUGCUACUGCCACCAAGCAAGUCCAGGAGGACAUUGUGAUGGCACUUAAGCUAAAGCAGCCGCUUGCCACCUUCAAGACUCCUUGCUUCAGAUCUAACUUAUUCUACGACGUGCAGUUCAAAGAGCUCUUGACUGAUCCGUAUGCCAACUUGAAGGAUUUCUGUCUGAAGGCACUUGAAGUGAAGAACACCGCUGGGGUGUACUCCGGUUGCGGCAUUGUGUACUGCCGGAUGAGGGACGUGUGUGACCAGCUGGCUAUUGAACUGAGCUACCGAGGAGUGAAAGCCAAGGCGUAUCACGCAGGACUCAAGGCAGCUGACAGAACUUCAAUCCAGAAUGAAUGGAUGGAGGAGAAGAUCCCAGUUAUUGUUGCUACCAUCAGUUUUGGAAUGGGAGUAGACAAAGCAAAUGUCAGGUUUGUUGCUCACUGGAACAUUGCCAAGUCAAUGGCUGGAUACUACCAAGAAUCUGGCAGAGCUGGGAGAGAUGGGAAGCCAUCCUGCUGCCGCCUUUAUUACUCUAGGAACGACCGGGAUCAAGUGAGCUUCCUGAUUAAGAAGGAGCUCUCUAAUAUCCAGGAAAAAAAAGGCACCUUAAAAGAAUCAGACAAAGCUGUGAUGACAGCUUUUGAUGCCAUUGUGAACUUCUGCGAGGAGCUGGGGUGUCGUCAUGCUGCCAUAGCAAAGUACUUCGGCGAUGUCACUCCACCUUGUAAUCAGUGCUGCGAUUAUUGCAAGAACCCAGGGGCAGUGAAAAGGCAGCUGGAGUCACUGGAGCGCUGCAGCAACAGCUGGAGCAAAACCUGCAUUGGGCCCUCAAGUUCCUCCUGGGAUAGCUACGACCCAGAGCUGUAUGAAGGAGGAAGGAGAGGUUGCCGAGGUUUUAGCAGGUAUGAUGAGGAAAGCAGCGGGAAUGGGGAUGAAGCCAAUGAAGAGAUUCGGAAACGGGAGUGGAACAACUUCUACAAAAAGCAGAUGAGUCUGCGCAAAGGCCAAGAACCAGAAAAAGAUGAUUUUAUUCCUCCAAGUGCAGACUGCCCCUUGAAAGACGCCUCCAGCAGAAGAAUCUCUAAGCUCACAGUGAAGGGACGGGAACACUGCUUGAAGAUACUGGAAGAAGCUUUGAGAGCCAACCAAAAGGUUCCAGCAGAAGGAAAAGGGUCAGACCCUCAUGCCUGUGCUGUGGAGCUGGAGUAUGAAGCUUUCAGAACCAGUAAAAUGGCUAACUCAUACAAGGCAUCUGUGCUAAAGAAGGUAGCAGAGAUCAACAAAGCCUCAAAAGGCGGAGAGUUGUUCUCAGUCUUUGGGUCAGGAGCUGGUGGCAACAGAAGCUUGGAAACAAAAUCUGAGUCUCCAGCAGAGGAGGACUUUCUCCCUGCAUCCCAGGUUUACUCGUUCAAACCCAAGCGUGUGGGAGCUGGGUUUCCAAAGAGUUCCAGCGUAUUCCAGACAGCUUCAGAACUGCUGACGAUCCAGGAGGAAAGCAAUGCAAAGCUUGUCAAAAAAGAAGAUUGUCUAAAUGAGCAAGACAACAGCAACUGUAAUCUGGAACUAAACAAGAGAAACCGUGUGCUCCAGAAGAAAGAAAAAGCAAAAAAAGAAAAAGCAAAGUGUGAGAGUUCUGAGGCAGAAGUACUCCUUCCUGAAAAGAAGGGACAGCAACCCAGUGCAGACACAAAAUCUGCCCUUUGUGAUAGCCCUCCCAAGAAAGCCAAAGUUAGCAAAAAGCAGCAAAUGCUGGCAGAAGCAGCCAAAAAAGAAUCACAGGAUAUUUCCAAGUUCUUCUCCCUCUCCAAAGGUGGGUCUAAAGCCAAAAGUUGCAGCACAGCAGAGGAAGUCAGCUGUUCUGCAAGCACACUACCUCAGGUUUCUUCUCAAAGCGUAUGUCAGGAGAAACCAAUACCUCAGGGAAACGAAGAUGAAUCCGGAGAGGAUGUGACUGCGCAGUCCCAGGCAGAGAAUAAAGAGCUGGGGGACACAGAAGGAACAUUGACUGAGAAGGAGGAGGAAGGAACACUGCCUGAGAAGGAGGAGGAUUUUAAGACCCAGCAGGCUGCUGACUCUGAACUCCUUCAGGAAGAACUUGAUGUAAAAUUCAGUGCUGCUGAAGAUGUCACAGAAACUGAAUUAACUGUUGUUGGGGAAGGUCAGAGUGGGAAGCGACCAGGAUGGGAUGAGGAUAUGGAAAGCCCCGCAACAAAGCGGCUGCGGACAACAGCAAAGUCUUCUAUUCUGUCCCAGCCAGAAAGCAAAAGUGUUGGUCCAACAAAGAAGAAGGUGACUUUUGAUCCAAACUUAUCACAGUACGAUAAAGAAGGAGCCAGCAAGAUCAUACAGCCAGCGACCAAAGGCAUGUCCCUCAAAGAGACAGCAGACAUCGUUGUAAAAUAUUUGACCCCAUUCUACAAGGGCGGCAAAUUUGCUACCAAGGAUCUGUUCAAGGGCUUUGCUCGGCACCUGUCUCACUUGCUGACUGAAGAUCAGAACCCUGCCCGCAAGACUGUGAAGGAAGAAGCACAGAGACUCAUUAAGGAGUUUUUCAAAACACGAGUCAGAUGUGAGAGCGAGGCAGACUGGCAGGAGCUGCAGAGCUCGGAGAGAUGAUCCUUGCGUCUUGUUCGUCUCUUCCUUCUUCCAGUUGUGGGACCAGAGGAUCUUGAAAAACUUAGCCACGGAGGGGUUUAUGAAACUGCAGAAGUGAACUUCCUUUCCCCAGUGCAUUUUUGCUCUCUUCUGCCUGCAGUGCCACCUUAGUGACACACAUUUCCACAAAACCAGUUUCUGUGAACUUAUGGAGAGUUUCUCCACUAACCAGAGCACCGAGGUCCUCCAGUACCUCGUGCCAAGAGGUACGAAGUCUCCAUCUGCUGUGUAGGUUAGGGGCUGCUGCCUCAGGUGUUUUGCAGUGCCUCCAACUUCUGCCCCUGCAGCAGUCUGGGAAGGCAUCUUUCUGGGAAUCUGCUUUGGGAUGGCAACCUCUUGCUUCCUAGGUGGCUAUUCCUCCUGCUCCCCCCCCCUAGUUCUUAUUUAAGUGUUACCAAUAGAAGCCUUAUGCUACAAACGAGUUCACAUGCUUUUGCUCAGGGCUGCCAAUGCUGAACUUGAUGUUUAAGUACCUGGAUGGAAUGUUUUUCCUUGGAGGGCAGCAGAGGAGUGUUUUGUUUUUACUCUGCAGGCAAUGCCUACUUUCUGAAGGUAGAGAAACUCAGAUUCUUUUUGUUUUAAUCCUGUGUUUUGUUUUGUUUUUUUUUAACUGUGUCUGGUUCUGCCUGCCCUUUAACUUAAGUGGUGAUGCUGUCUCGGUAUUAACCUUUCUAGUAGUGGCUCCAAGGUUGCCAACACUUUUCCAGCAUUGCUUGUAACCCCUAAAGCCAUAUCUGCUCCCUGUGCCUCACCCACAGCCUGCAGUACAGAGGGCAAUGCUGCUGUUACUACUGGUUAAUGUACUGCUGUGGCCCUCAAGUUGACACUGCGGUGCCUCUGCUGCUAUAUUUAUAUAAGGACCUGAACUGUAGGGUAUCAGUGGGCUUGAAAUAACCUGAUUCCCUGGCACGAGUCCUUUCUGUUUGGUUUCAGUCGGGUUCUGUCUUUUUUCCAUGCUUAUAGAGGCUGGUGGCCUCAGGCAGUAUUGCUGCUAGAGGAAUCUGCAGCCUGAGAAGCCAUGAAACAGGCUUUUGAAUCACUGUACUCACCAGAUGAUUAUUUUUAUGUACUGAAGGGUAUGUGCAGAACUGACAAUAAAAGUGUUAUUGCAGC